UUUUCUUAAAAGAAACACUCGGAAAAGGAAGUAUGGGUCGUGGAAAGAUCGAGAUCAAGAAGAUCGAGAACGCUACUAACAGGCAGGUUACCUAUUCAAAGCGAAGAAACGGUCUUUUCAAGAAAGCUCAAGAGCUUACUGUUCUCUGUGAUGCUAAGGUUUCCUUGAUCAUGUUCUCCAACACUGGAAAAUUCCACGAGUUCCUUAGCCCUAAUAUCACGACAAAAGGGUUUUUUGAUCUAUAUCAAAAGACUUCAGGGAUUGAUCUAUGGAACUCCCACUACGAGAGAAUGCAAGAAAAUUACAGGAGGUUGAAGGAGAUAAACAAGAAGCUGAGAAGAGAGAUCGGCAGGCAAAGGAUGGGUGGAGAUUUGAAUGAACUGAACAUCAAGGAACUGCAAGCUCUUGAGGCUAAGAUGGAUUCUGCCUUGUUGGCUAUACGAGAGAGAAAGUACUAUGCCAUUAAAACGCAAACAGAUAAACAUAAGAAGAAGGUAAGGAAUUUGGAGGAAAGACAUGCAAAUCUUGUGCUGGACUUGGAGGCAAAGCUUGAGCGUCAGGAUGGAAUAGUUGAAAAUGGAGGAUAUUAUGAAUCAGCCAUGGGAGUAGCAGCCAAUGGAGCCUCUAAUAGCUUAUAUGCUCUUCGGCUGUACCAAAACCACCAGCCUCAAUUUAUUCUUCAACACGGAACUAAUGAUCUGCGUCUUGCUUGAUACGGUGGUUCCAUAGUACUAAAGUGGUGGUUAUAGCGAAGUAUAACGGUCGCAUCAUAAUAAUUUUUAAAGUCGCCUUAACAACGUAAUUGCAUCCGCAACUUAAAAAUAUAAUUAUUUUAAAAAAAUAAAUCGCGACGUAACAUCUGCAACUAUGAUAUUGCAACCGUAUUCAACUGCAAUUUAGUAGGUGAUUCUACGAGGACACCAUGUCUGUAAUUUUAGAUGAUAUUUGGUCUCUAUCUCUUUUAUCGGUAUAUAUAUGUAUGUGAAGUAUCGAGUUGGAAAGUUGAAUAAUUUCUCGUCUGCUGGCGACCGGAAGUAGUGCUCAGCGAGAUUUUCAGUGUGCCUCGUGUCUUUAUCAUUCUAAGACAAGUAAGUGAAAGUGUGUUGUAUUUUGAUGUAAAAUAUAAACUUACAUGUACCUUGACUUGUUUGUAUUG